AUGUCGAAUCUUCUCAGCGCCGAGAACUUGAACGGGCGGCUCCUGUUCGCCAUCCCAAAGAAAGGUCGCCUCUACGAGAAGUGUCUCGAGAUCCUCUCUGGAGCCGACGUGCAGUUCAAGCGACAGCACCGACUCGACGUAGCGCUCGUCCAAAACCUGCCCAUCGCACUCGUCUUCCUCCCUGCUGCCGACAUCCCGCGCUUCGUCGGUGAAGGUAACGUCGAUCUCGGAAUCACCGGCCAGGACAUGGUCGCAGAAGCCGGCGAAAAUGUCUCCAGCUUGAUCAGCGAAGAGCUGCAGCUCGGAUUCGGGAAGUGCUCGCUCCAAGUCCAGAUCCCCGACCCUUCCCUCCCGGCAAACGCACAAAAAACGAUCAAAUCCGUCGAGGAUCUCGUCGGCAAGAAGAUCGCCACCAGCUUCGACCACCUCGCCGGAAAGUACUUCGCCGAGCUCGAUGCCAAAGUGACCUCGGCACGUCAACUCUCUGGAGCGUUGUCGCAAGGCGAAACGCUUAAAACGCGCAUCGAAUACGUCGGAGGCUCUGUCGAAGCCGCCUGCGCGCUCGGUCUCGCCGACGGCAUCGUCGACCUCGUCGAAAGCGGCGAGACGAUGCGCGCGUGCGGCCUCACACCCAUCGCCGACCUGCUCGUCAGCCAAGCCGUCCUCAUCAAAUCCAAAACCCCGCACUCCCGUUCCGACACAAACCUCAUCCAGCUAAUCACCGCCCGCAUCCGCGGCGUCAUCGCCGCAAGCAAGUACGUCCUCUGCCAGUACAACGUCCAGAAGAAGGACCUUCCACAGGCCCUCGAAAUCACCCCGGGCCGAAGAGCCGCCACCGUCUCCCCACUCGAGGACGCAGAUUGGAACGCUGUCAGCUCCAUGGUGCUCAAAGCUCAGGUCGCCACCAUCAUGGACAAGCUCGAAGCCAUCGGCGCUAGCGACAUCCUCAUCGUCGGCAUCAACAACUGCCGUGUCUAA